AGCAUUUGGGCUUCAGUCCGGCCGGCUCGGUUUCACAGACAUGGAAGAGGAGCCUCUCGAGCCGGUAGUCCCAGAGUUGCAGCCACUGGAGCCAAAUCCAGAAGAGCUUGGAACUGUCAAGAACGGAUGCCACCGAACUUGGUACUGGGGACCAUGUAGUGCUUUGGUUAUUUUCUCGCUCAUUGCCUUCAUUGCCUUCUCUGGAAAGACCUCCUCGGAACUGGCUGUUUCAGAGGGCCUAGAGGAUCUCACCGGUUUGAGCUCUACCACGUCAUGUUCUGCUGUGGAUUGUAAAGGCAACUUUGCCCGACACGGCUCGGCUGUGCGCUGCGAUGGCAAAGCAACCUCCCAGAAGUGCAUCAACACGUGCUGCACGAGAGAGAUCAAAUGCUCGCGGCUUGGAGCCGGCUUUUGCGGUGGGGUGGGUGCUGGCUUCUCCCGUCGGGUGAUCACAUUCUUGGAUGAAGGGCUUCCACUGCGCACAGGCACCUGCAAGGGUGAGGAGAAUUGCAAGAGCGCCUGCUGUCAGGGACUAUGUCGAAAAACAACUUGCCCAGCCGACCGUUGCCCUAUGCCAUAUGCGCCGAGGAAAUGUACUUACGGCAGCUGCGAGGAGCAAUGUUGCUACGACAAGGAGGAGUACUGUGGAUGGGGACCCAACGCUUACACCCGCGCUUGCCGCAAGUGCAAAGACACCUUGACGUAUUGUGAAGAAAAGCUCGGCAUUUCCCGCUCUUCUGUGACCAGAGACGAGUGGAACAGGAUUGUGAUGCGGAAGGUGGAGCAGGGGAAGUUAGUUCCUGGCUGCGAAGAAGAUCAUUACCUGAGGUGCGAGGACACCAAGCUGAAGUUCAGCCUGACCACGGUCUUCCCAUUCCACAAGACGGCGGAGGGCGUGAGUGCGAAUACGGUGGCCGUCUUGCCCGGCGGUACCGAAGCCAUCAGUGGUGGAAACGACGGGACGGUGUGGGAUUGGCGCAUAGCUGAUGGCAAACCCUUGAAGAACUUUACAGAAGAUACAAACCCCAUAUUGCAAGUUGCACCAUUCAACGAUGCCACCUACUUUUGUUCUGUCAGCCAGGAACAAGCCAUUGUUUGGCUGCUGCAGUUGCGAGAUGGGCUGGAGGUCCCUGGACGGACUGAGCUUCCUCAAGAUGACAGGAAGCACAAGAAGACGGCUCCGGGGAAUACGGCCUGCAUCGGAUUGAACACCUGGGAGACAGCGGUUGUAGGACAGAACAACAGCUUCGUGGUGAUUUGGCAUUGGAAGGCGGAUGCAUCGAUGACGGUGCCGGUCGAUCCGGAGCUCCAAUGGAUUCAACAGAUCAGGACUGAUGCUGGAUACCACCAAUGGCCAAAAUGGGAUAAAUCUAGUCAAUUGAUGGAUGCGUUCAUCAGGUGGCGCCGUCACAUUUUUGGCCUUGAUCGCGACUACGAUCGUCGCCUGAAAGAGGUCAACAUGUCCGAGCUGAUGAACUCGAAAGCGCCCAUCACUCCCGAGUCAGACGCACGGCAGCUGCGCCGUUCUGUCAGCCCAUGGCCGAACUACUUCAGCAACAUCAGGUGGGGCGAUGUUCCACACUGGUAUUACGAACCAGACAAUGGUUGGGGCAAGGUAAUCAGCUUGGUGGAGAUUCCAUCCAACCUGUGGUUCGUGGUGGGCUAUGAAUAUGGCAGCAUACGGAUUUGGAAAAGCUACAAUGGCUUCCUCCAGGCGAUCAUUCCUCAAGCUCACAUCGGCCGGGUGAAUGCAUUGCUGGCUCAGCCUGCAGGUGAUCAGUUUUGGUCUGGUGGUGAUGAUGGAUGGAUUCGACUCUGGCAGGCUGGCAACGGGCAUCCGGUGCGCUCACACUACGCGGUGUACGCUGGGCAAGUUAAAUCAUUGGCCAUGAUCCCCGGAGGAAAUGCCUUCUAUUCCGGCCAUAGCAAUGGCAAAGUCUAUGUGUGGCUGGUGUACUCCACUGAUAACAAGGAGACGGAUUGGCCUAUUUGCCACUUUAACCCCAAAGGUGGCGUGGUGAACUCGCUGGCGGUGAACCCUGGAAGCAUUGGGCAAAUCCUGGUGGCCUUGCAGGAUGGCUUGAUCAAGGUCUACACACAGGGACGUUGAGGGUGAACCUUGAUCAUGAACUCGUGAAACAACGCGUGUAGUCUUGGUCUACACUUGAUAUGCUAAGAUGCAUGAAGCGUGACACUCCAAGCCGUGCAAGCUUUUAUUUAAUUAUGAUUUGGAGAGGGUGCGUGCACGAGGCAAAGGUAGCACAUGAGUAAUCUAUGCAAGUGUAUGCCGCAGUGUAUGCCUGCCAUUUGAGCUGAACCUAGCAGCGUAGUCCUCAACACUUCUUGUGGACUUGCCACACCGGUCACCGAUGCGUCCUCGGGGCCAUCUGUACUGCGG